AUCGAAGAUCUCCCCACGUUCCGUCUCCUGCCUGCGCCGCCGCGCCGAUCUCCAUCGCCGCCGCCGCCGCCGCCGCCGCCGCCGACGAGCAGCGGCGCCGGUGCCGGCGCCGCGCCGCACACACUCCCCCCUCCUACUCCUCCUUGCGCCGGGCCCCAAGUCUCGUCUUCUCGGCCUCGACUCCCGGAGGUCUCUCCUCGCUCGCUAGCUCUCCCGCCUCGCCUCGCCCCCCACCGCACCUCGACUUCCAUCCAUCCAUCCCCGCGACGGGAGCGGCGGUGGGUGGCCGUGCUGCACGUCGCCCUUCUGCUUCCGCCUCCGGGAGAAGUGAAAGUUGCGGAGCUAGGGCUAAAGGGGGAUCCACUUGGUAUUCUUGGCUCCAAAGCUGUCUGGGUAGGGACCGUCCAAAAUUCAGCGACCGGGAUCCGGGGGCGACCUGCCCCAGGGUGGGGAGAUCGCUCCUUUUCCUGUGACAAGGAGGGCGAACUCUUAUUCAGCCAUGAUGGAAGCGGACAUGGAGAACGGGAGGUUGUAUCCGGAGAGACCCAGAACUUUCUCUACCGUACGAACUAAAUCAUCUCUGCCACCGAUCUUCCGUGUGUUGAUGAGGAUAAAUCCCCGUGCUUUCAUUGUUCUUCUUCUUUUGGUAUUCAGUGGUGUGCUCUAUGUAGGAGCCAGUACAUCACCAAUUGUGCUCUUUGUGUUCUGCAUAUGUACUCUAAGUUUAUUCUUCUCUCUCUACCUCACAAAGUGGGUUCUUGCCAAAGAUGAAGGUCCUCCAGAAAUGUCUGAGAUAUCUGAUGCCAUAAGAGAUGGUGCUGAAGGAUUUUUUAGGACACAAUAUGGGACUAUUUCUAAAAUGGCUUGUAUCCUGGCACUUGUCAUUCUUGGCAUCUAUCUCUUUCGUUCCACCACCCCACAGCAGGAGGCAUCCGGUGUUGGAAGGACAACAUCGGCAUAUAUUACUGUUGCUUCCUUUCUCCUUGGAGCUUUAUGUUCUGGGAUUGCUGGUUUUGUUGGGAUGUGGGUAUCCGUACGUGCAAAUGUUAGAGUUUCAAGUGCUGCUCGGCGGUCUGCAAGAGAAGCACUGCAGGUUUUGUUUUAUACUCUUGAUAUACUAUACAUUUCAUGUGUUUGUCCCUCCACAAUAGAAUUUCAAAUUGUGACUAAUUUCUCUAAACAGAUUGCUGUCCGCGCUGGUGGUUUCUCAGCCAUUGUGGUUGUUGGCAUGGCUGUUUUUGGUGUGGCAAUACUGUAUGCAACAUUCUAUGUUUGGCUUGAAGUAGAUUCACCUGGUUCAAUGAAGGUUACUGAUCUGCCUCUUCUCCUUGUGGGAUAUGGUUUUGGUGCGUCUUUUGUCGCCCUUUUUGCUCAGUUGGGUGGUGGAAUAUACACCAAAGCUGCUGAUGUCGGAGCUGAUCUUGUGGGAAAGGUUGAGCAGGGAAUACCAGAAGAUGAUCCUCGUAAUCCUGCUGUCAUUGCUGACUUGGUUGGUGACAAUGUUGGAGAUUGUGCCGCACGAGGGGCUGACCUUUUUGAGAGCAUAGCAGCUGAAAUUAUCAGUGCAAUGAUACUCGGGGGAACAAUGGCACAACGCUGCAAAAUUGAAGAUCCCUCAGGCUUUAUACUGUUUCCUCUUGUUGUUCAUUCAUUUGAUCUGGUGAUCUCAUCAGUUGGAAUACUCUCAAUUCGGGGAACACGUGACUCUGGGUUAAUAUCCCCUAUUGAAGAUCCGAUGGCAAUCAUGCAGAAAGGAUAUUCUAUCACUAUACUGCUCGCUGUUGUUACCUUUGGAGUGUCUACCCGGUGGCUCCUGUACACUGAACAAGCACCUUCUGCAUGGCUCAAUUUUGCCUUGUGUGGCUUGGUGGGCAUCAUCACAGCAUAUGCUUUUGUUUGGAUUUCUAAGUAUUACACAGAUUACAAACAUGAGCCUGUCCGCCUUUUGGCUCUUUCAAGUUCCACAGGGCAUGGAACUAAUAUUAUUGCUGGAGUAAGCUUGGGACUGGAAUCAACAGCGUUACCAGUUCUAGUGAUAAGUGUAGCCAUCAUAUCAGCAUUUUGGUUGGGGCAUACAUCUGGAUUAGUAGAUGAAUCUGGGAACCCAACUGGUGGUCUUUUUGGGACAGCUGUAGCUACAAUGGGGAUGCUUAGCACAGCAGCAUAUGUUCUCACCAUGGACAUGUUUGGUCCAAUAGCUGACAAUGCUGGUGGUAUUGUGGAGAUGAGUCAGCAGCCUGAAAGUGUAAGAGAAAUCACAGACAUUCUAGAUGCUGUGGGCAAUACAACAAAAGCUACUACAAAGGGAUUUGCUAUUGGGUCAGCAGCACUGGCUUCCUUUCUCCUGUUCAGUGCAUAUAUGGAUGAAGUAGCUGCUUUCGCACAAUUGCCAUUCAAAGAGGUUGACAUAGCAAUCCCAGAGGUUUUUGUUGGUGGUUUACUUGGUUCAAUGCUUAUAUUCCUGUUUAGUGCAUGGGCUUGUUCUGCUGUUGGCAGAACUGCACAAGAAGUUGUUAACGAGGUCAGGAGACAGUUUAUUGAGAGGCCUGGCAUUAUGGACUACAACGAGAAGCCUGAUUACGGUCGUUGUGUUGCAAUUGUGGCAUCUGCUUCCUUGAGGGAAAUGAUAAGGCCGGGGGCUUUAGCCAUUAUAUCACCCAUGGCUGUUGGUAUUAUCUUCCGUAUGUUGGGUCACGCUACUGGCCGGCCUCUUCUUGGAGCCAAAGUUGUAGCCGCUAUGCUUAUGUUUGCAACUGUUUCUGGUAUUCUCAUGGCACUCUUCUUGAACACUGCUGGUGGUGCCUGGGAUAAUGCUAAGAAGUACAUCGAGACUGGCGCUCUUGGUGGCAAAGGCAGUGAGUCUCACAAGGCUGCAGUUACUGGUGAUACGGUUGGAGAUCCAUUUAAAGACACGGCGGGGCCUUCCAUCCAUGUUCUUAUUAAGAUGCUCGCUACAAUCACAUUAGUGAUGGCUCCAAUAUUCUUGUGAUUAACCAUGAAUGUAUCACAACUAAUCCUGCGGCGAAGUUAUCAAAGGGUCCUGUAGGUGAGCUGUUUACGUGAGUGGGAUGUAUUGAUUCGCUAGCUUUGUGUUUAUUUUGCCCGAUUAAAGAGAAUCACUACUGCCCAUUUUGAUAGUGUCCAUAUUAUACUGUCACUUUCUUUGACAAAUGAUACUAAUGUUGGUAAUAUACUGGACAGAGAUUAGAAGGGCCUUUAAAAUGCACAUAUUGUUCUCGCAAA